GUCAGUGGCCGCGGGGUACAUAUAAAAGAAAGUCGAGCCAGUUUGACUUCACAGCACUCCUCAACCAAUCAUGGGUAACUCAACCUCCAACCAACAACUUCACCAUCACCACCACCACCACCACCACCACCAACAGCAUAGCAGCAGCAGCAACAACAGCAGCAGCAACAACAGGAAACACACUCGACCGACUGCUGCAGCCUCACUCUCCUCAUUCACAAGCCAACUCAAACAACAGCAUCAUCAGCAUCAGCAACACCAGCAGCCCAGUCAGAAACAGCAGAGCACUGAACAGCAACAGCAACAGCAACAGCAACAACAGUCAGUCAGAAGAAGGAAGUCACUCGAACUACCCGACCUAACAACAACUGCCAGCCAACUGCAGACCAGCUCACACCACCUAUCAAACUUCCAGCUCAAACUACCCUCGAUCACCUCAAGGUCCUCAAGCCCACUCACCACCUCCCAGCCACUCUCUAGCUCACCCCUCUCAACCACACUCGACUCACUCAAACUAGACUCAACCCACCACCCUUCAACCAACAUCCGAUCAACCCCUCCCGACUUGCACCAACAGGUCGGCGUGACCCUGCCCGCCAGUCCCACCCCAAUCCAACCUGACUCGGAUCCGAUCAUCCAUUCCAAACAUGGCAGCCAACAGCAACAAUCACCCCUGCUCAGCUCGAUCUUACCCUCCAACUCCCCCAUCAUCAGCUCAGCACCCCUUCAGCAACCAGUCGAGACCGUCGUCCCUCCCCUCCCGCCUGCAAUCAUCCAGCCCCUCCCAUCUCCACUCCCCUCCCUCGAUGCCGACUCGGCCGAACUGCCUGCCUGUCCUUCUGCUGCCUUCACCACCGCAGUCACCGAGACCGUCGCAGCAGCAACCGCCGUCGUCCAAGCCGCACCCGCUCUCGACAUCGGCGCUGGCCCUGAAGGCGUCCCCACCCUGCUAACUUGGAAGGAACCCGCCAACGAAGUCUAUGUGACCGGUACGUUCAGUAAAUGGAGACAGCAAAUCAAACUACGUAAACCGGUUAUACCCAAUACGUCCACCCAACAGGACGCCUUCUCAGCUCUAGUCGCACUACCACCGGGCCCGCAUCAACUGAAGUUCAUUGUAGACCGACGCUGGAAGACGUCUAAGUAUCUACCAUCGGCGACGGACGACAAGGGCAAUCUGAUUAACUAUUUGCAAGUCAAUCCAGGUGACCAGCCCUUCCGAGGAUUAGGGCCGCGAGGGAUAUGGAGUGGGUACACGUAUGCAGACUGGCCGAUGGGCGCGUCGAUACUCGAGGAUGGGAGCUCGGAACGGACAGACUCGGAGGACGGAUGGACGACAGAGAUCCCGGCGGCACUACUCGAUUACGAGGAAUACCACGACCGCUCCUCCGCCGAUGAACAGGAACAAGAGCAACCAUCCGAAAGGACCUCCUCCCAGAAUCCCGAACAGACCGCUCACUCAGAGGACCCUACUCCAGGUCAAGCUGGCUUCGCCGCCGAGCCCCCCAAACUUCCGGCCCAACUCAAGGAAGGCAUCCUUAACUUAUCCUCCCGUCUACCCGAAGGCUCUAGUGAUGAUAACUCUCUCCUGCCGAGACCUGAUCACUCGGUCCUUAAUCAUCUUGCUGCUAGUCCUAUCAGACAAGGCUUGCUUAGCGUCGGUGUUACUUCUAGGUUUAAACGCAAGUAUCUUACUACUGUUUAUUAUAAACCUGUUGACCUAUAAAAAUUAUCCCCCCACCCUUUCCUUCUCUCAUACUCCCAUGUAUAUAUACUCCAUAUCAACACUUAUCCCCACUGCCAACUUCUUCUCUUCUUCCUUCUCUAUGGUUAUCAUGAUUUAUAUUCUUCUUCCAUUUAUAUAUCUAUAUCCACAAAAAAAAGACAACAAGUUGAUUGUAACGACUUUUUCUCUGCUUCCUUCUUUAUUUACUUGCUCUC